GGCGUGUGUGUUGGUUUCCCCGCUGCACACACGGCUCACGUGCACGGAGCCGUCUCCCAUCGCGCUGUGGCUGCGCGGCUCGGCAGCAGCAGACGAGCAGAGGGGGGGCGAAGGACGGCGAGAGUUAGCGCGGAGAGAUGUAGGCUUUAUCGCCGGCGACGGGCUCAGCGGCUGCACGGACAGAGCUGUGGCGCAGGAGGAGGAGGAGAAGAAGGGGCGCAACGGGGGAGGACAGGCUGCCCGGAAAAAAAAACAAAAAAAACACAGCGCACGGGAGGAGGAAGGUGGGGGGAGAACGAGAGGGAGCAGCGAGGGGAGAGGAGUCAUUGAGCGGCGAGAGGGAGCUGACAAGGACACGGAGGGAGGAGAGCGCGCAGACGAGCCUUCCCUGACGCCUGGAAGUGCGUGCACAAAGUAGAAAAGAAGAGGAGGAGAGCGAGCCUGACAGGAGGUCGAGCUCACGGGGCUUCACUGACACAGGAGCGAGGAGGAGGAGGAGGAGCGUGGGGGCAAGUUGAUGGAUUUGAUUUGGAGAGAGUAUUUUUAGAAGGAGGAGCGUAGACACGAGAAGAAUGUGGAGAUUAGAGAUGCCGUCUUUGAGGAGAGGAGAGUCGGGGGAGGGAGGAAGAAGGGGAAGAGAGAGAAACAGCAGCCGGAGAUGUUGAGAUCAGAGUGUGACAGAACAGAUUAUCUCUGGUCUGGUUUCCCACAGGAAACCGCUGCGAGUGCGAGUGCACGUCCGCGCGCACGCACGCGCGCACACACACGCGCGGCUCCGUCUUCGGGGGGGAAAAGUGUGUCGCGGCGCGGCUCCAACUGUGGCGCUCGGAGGCUGGAGACGAGGAGCGAGCCCCCCGCCGCCCCCCGCGCUCACUCACGGGACCCGACAGCGCUGACGAAAAGCCGAGCGGGCGAGCGAGCGCCGGAGAGCGGGAGCCAGUGACAUCACGGGGAGGUCGAGGCGUCCAAAGUGAGCGCGCGCCGAGUGGGACGGAGGACGGAGCGGCGCCGGGCGCAGUUGGAGGCGCGAGCGGACGGCGAGGCGGAACCGGUCGCCGUCUCGGCAACAAGCCCUGCUCACGCAUGAGUGUGAGGACGGGGGAGCCUUGAUGUGACUGCAGCGCAGCAGCCAGCUCCCUCUGCUGUUCUCUAAUUAUUUUAAUUACCUUCCUCCUUUCAUCAUUUGCCUUCGUUCCUUCUUGCCGCCGCCGCUCCGCUGGUGUUUUGUAUUCCGUCCCCCUCUCUCCCUCUUCCCCUCGCUCUCGCCUUCGCUCUCUCUCUCUCUCUGUCUCAUCCUCUCUUGUUCACUGUCACACUAACUGCGGUGGAUGCUGGAGUCAGUCAUGUAGAAGCCACCUUGCUUGGAGCACGUUUGACUAGCUGAUUUUAAUUUUUUUUUUUCCCCCGUCCGUCGUCUCCUGCUGACUCGGAUGAUUGCAGCGCUGUCAGACUGAGAGGCGAGGGGACACGGCCAACAAGUAGCUGCCGCUCACAUCCAAACCACAACGCCGCCUUAGAGGGGUCCUUCCAUGUGCACACAGCACCACACGUUGCCCUUCAAACCGCGCGGAUCGGUGCUUGUUGGUCCGGACACACAUCCAGGUGUGGAUUACAGUAGUGGAUUUAUCCUGGAGCUCCAUGUGGGCCCCAGCCCCUGAGGCCUGGCUGGGAAAUGCAGGCUUCCCCGCGGCUGUAGGAGCGCUGUGGGCAGCCAUGGCCCUGGAGGGGCGCUGUCUCCGGCGGGGGUCCCCGGCCAUGAUCCGAAAGGCCCGCGAGCGCCGCCCAAAGAAGCCGACUCUGGCCCAGGUCACUUCCACUCUGCUGUCAAGGACUCGCCUGCACGGCCUGAGGCACGUGUGCCUCCCGGGCGGCUCCGUGGGCCGCCGGGCCUUCUGGCUGCUGGCCCUCUGCACCUCGCUGGGCCUGCUUCUGUCCUGGUCCUCCAACCGCCUGCUCCACUGGCUCUCCUUCCCCACGUACACGCGGGUCCACACGGAGUGGGCCAAGGAGCUGGCCUUCCCCGCCGUCACCAUCUGCAACAACAACCCCAUCCGCCUCUACAAGCUCACCAAGAACGACCUGUACUUCGCCGGACACUGGCUGGGCCUGCUGCUGGCCAACCGCACGGUCCGGCCCUUGGUCCUGGACCUGCUCCAGGAGGACCGCCGGGCCUGGUUCAGGAAGCUGUCGGACUUCAGCCUCUUUCUGCCGCCGAGGAACUUUGAGGGAACCAACCUGGAGUUUAUGGACCGACUGAGCCACCAGCUGGACGACAUGCUCCUGUCGUGCAAGUACAGAGGAGAGCCCUGCGGAGCUCACAACUUCUCUUCUGUGUUCACCAGAUACGGGAAGUGCUACGUGUUCAAUGCCGCCGAGGACGGGAAGACGCUGCGCACCACCAUGAAGGGAGGGACGGGCAACGGGCUGGAGAUCAUGCUGGACAUCCAGCAGGACGAGUACCUCCCAGUGUGGGGGGACACGGAGGACACGGCCUUCGAGGCCGGUGUGCGGGUGCAGAUCCACAGCCAGGCGGAGCCCCCGUUCGUCCAUGAGCUGGGCUUCGGCGUGGCCCCCGGCUUCCAGACGUUCGUAGCCACCCAGGAGCAGCGGCUGACCUACCUGCCUCCCCCGUGGGGAGAGUGCGAGUCCAAGGCUCUGGAGUCGGGCUUCUUCCAGGUCUACAGCGUCACCGCCUGCAGGAUCGACUGCGAAACGCGCUACAUUGUGGAGAACUGCAACUGUAGGAUGGUGCAUAUGCCCGGUGAUGCUCCGUACUGCACGCCUGAGCAGUACAAGGACUGUGCUGAGCCUGCCCUGGCCAAACUGUCGGCGCUGGAGAGCAGCAACUGCAUGUGCAGGACGCCGUGCAACAUGACCCGCUACAACAAGGAGCUGUCCAUGGUCAAAAUCCCCAGCAAGACGUCGGCGCGCUACCUGCAGAAGAAGUUCAACAAGUCGGAGAAGUACAUCACAGACAACAUCCUGGUGCUGGACGUGUUCUUUGAAGCGCUGAACUACGAGACCAUCGAGCAGAAGAAAGCCUACGAGGUGGCCGGCCUGCUGGGUGACAUCGGAGGUCAGAUGGGCCUGUUCAUCGGCGCCAGCAUCCUCACCAUCCUGGAGCUCUUUGACUACGCCUAUGAGGUGGUCAAAGGGCGGCUGCUGGAUCUGCUGAGCAGAGAGGAGGAAGAGGAGAGUCACGGGGAGGAAGUGAGCUCCUGUGACCCGGUGGCCAACCACUCCGAGUCCAUCAGCCACACGGUGACGGUGCCCCUGCAGACGACCCUGGGCACGCUGGAGGAGAUCGCCUGCUGAGCCGCACGCAUCCAGCAGGUGGCGCUGCGUCCGCCGUCGGGGGGCGCCUGGCUGGAGCGUUACCAGGGGAGGGGGCGAGGACAGGAGACAAGGACGGGGGCUGGUCUGAGAGCAGCGCUGCGUCGUGUCCCCGCGCCCCGUCUGAGGCGCUAAUGGGGAUUAAGGAGCUGUCGGCUGGACUUAUGGGCCCGCUCCGUCACCCUGCGCCGCGCUGCGGUGGGAGGGCGACCUCCGGCGCGGCAGACUUUGAGGUCCAACAAAGUUGCACAUAGAUAAUCCGAGACAGAGUUCACCCCUGGGCAGCGUCUCGUGGGCAACGCAGGCCGCUCACUGCCAAAUGAACUGCACAGGACCGGCCUCCAGACUGUCCCAUCUGCAUGUGUCCCCCCCCCCCCCGCGGACUUCGAAUGUACAGACUGCACCUAUGGUUGUUUAAAAUCAUAGCUCAGACGCGUUCAAUCCACCCGUGAUAAUUGAUUCCGAUUAAUUAGCUCGGGCUGAGGGUGUGAACGCAUCAAUCAGACGAAACGGCCCCAAACAUUUCUCUUUGCUCAACGCAAACUGGGUGAAAGCAGCCCGCGUUUGCUCACCCGUCAGCCUCGGCUUGGUGGGUGUUGCAGAAGGCAUGUUUGCUGCUGACUCCCAGGGUGCUGAGACAUCUUUAAAGCGAUGUCACACUCUCACUGUUCAAAUGUAUGUGAAUAAAUGACUGGCUUCUGGCUGCUGCACCUCACCACAGCGCCUAAUCUGAACUCUGGCUGCCAAACAUCACUGUACCAGCGCUGGCAGUAAACGAAUAGGCCCAAGGUGUUGUCAAGGUUAUCAUUUCAUUAGGAAAAUGACAGAGUGAUAUUUUGGACAGCUAUUACUGUUUUACUAAAGACUCCUGGUGUUUUAGGGUCCAGGACCUGCUGUGUUAUGGUGUAAAUAUCUGUGUUUUUCUCAUAGAAACAGGUACCAUGCAGACAGGCCUGAGGCAGAUCUCGCUCCGGGGCCAAAAAUAACGCCAUGUUGUAUCUGUCGCAUUUUUUUUCCCCAAUGUUAGUCGAUCUGCAUCGCUCAGUAGGUGAGAAUGUUAUGUAACAGACAGCAAUUUGGGUCAGUUGAAUGUCACGCCGAGAAGGACGGGCGCGAUUCGGUGUGGGUUCAGUGGAAACAUCAGCAACAUCCAGUAUAUACGGCUUCACACCAAAAGCUUGUGUUCGACCAUGAUUGGAUCAUUUAGUCUCUGAGUUUUCUAUUACCGAGCAUGGUCUCUGUCAUCAUGGUAAUGUACAUUACAGGUAGGAAUGAAUUCAAGUGCUUUGCUGGACUCUUUGAAUUAUGAUUUCCCAUCUGUGGCUCAACCUGCUGUUUGUGUGUACGAUCUCAUGUCGUGGCUUAUGACAAACGCAAUCCUCGGCCGACGGGCGGACACGUCCCGUUUCAAGCAACGUAGGCAGUUUAUUUCAUUUUUCUUUUCCUUUCUACAUCGGCUUCAAUUGUUUACACAGGACAGUGUUUUCUCAUUUUGUGAUGCAGCAAACGAUGUGUGUUUUUAAUGUGAAACAAUUAAAUGAAAAAGUUGUUUUGCACUGA